CACAUUAUACACUUUACAUACUAUAGACAAACUUCUUAGCACUCAACUAACCAGCCUUGUCUUGGCUUCAUAUCAAAAUUAAACUACUUGCGCUCAACAGGGGGGCAAGAAUCCUAUGUGUUCUUUUGCAACUUAGAACUUUGCUAAGACAGUGUUCAAAAUACUUUCGUCAGAUUUUUUAAAUGUCACUGUAAGACUCAUUUAUUCCAAGAACACAACUGUGCUCGAGAAUUAUUGAAAUUAUUUAAUUUUCAUACAAAGAAAAGGAAAAGAGUGACAGAUUUUAGAAUGAAAUAUUUUGUGUGUGUGAUUUUACUGUUGUCAUUGAAUGUAGAACUUUCACUUGGUGACUUAAAUGAUGUCCUGAUAAAGUGUUGCCAUGAAGGUUUAGAUUGGUCAAUUGAUGAUAAUCGUUGUGAUAGACAUCCAGGUUAUGUAGCAAAUGUUUCUAUGGAAGAUCAAUCCAGUUGUUUGUCUAUAGUAGAACUAUGUUGUAUUAAAGAUGUGCUUGUGAAACGAUGUGCAAAAGGAAAAGAAAAUGCGCUGGAGGGAAUGAUGUGUGCUAUACGAGAUUCAGAACAAGGCUCAGAACAGUAUAAGGAAUGUUGUAUUUGCUGUCAGUUAGGAUUACUAGCGAGAUCACAAGGGUUAUCAUGUAGAAGUCCUAAUUAUGGUGCACCAUGUGAUAAUAUGUUUUUAGAAUGUUGUACAGGACAAGUUUUAGCUGAUAUAUAUAAUGCUACAGGAACUGACCAGUCAGAUGUUGAUGUAGUAAAUGAUCGUGAUGAAUGUGCAUUAUUCCCGGGUCAGAUCUGUUCUCAUCGAUGUGUAAAUACACCUGGUAGUUUUAGAUGUGAAUGUCGUGGAGGUUACACAUUAAAUCAAGAUGGCAGAACUUGUCAGGAAUCAAAGGAUGAUGAUACUGACUAUGGUAAUGUCAAUGAUGGUUAUUCUUGUGAAGAAAACAGCCCAUGUGAACAGAGAUGUGCCAAUACAGAUCUAGGUGUUAAGUGUAAUUGUUAUGAAGGAUAUAAACUUCGUUCUGAUGGAAGAUCCUGCGAGGAUGUUGAUGAAUGUGCUGAAGGAAGUUUCAAAUGUGCACCAACGCAAGAAUGUGUUAAUACAUUAGGUCGUUAUACGUGUCAUACAACAAAAUGUCAGACAGGUUAUGUUUAUAAUCCUAUCAAUAGAAGAUGUGAAGAAAGUUAUGAUUGUGAUCGUGGUUUUGGUUUUAAUAGUGUUACAAGACAAUGUGAAGAUAUUGAUGAGUGUACAGUAUAUGAAAAUAUCUGUGUGGGUGUUUACCAGUUUUGUCGUAAUUUUAAUGGUUCCUAUACAUGUGAAUGUGAGGAAGGUUUUCAACUCAACAGAGAUACUAGACAGUGCGAGGAUAUAAAUGAAUGUGGUUUGGGUAUUGAUACAUGCCGUGUGGGAGAAAGAUGUGAUAAUACUAUUGGUUCAUAUUCUUGUCGUAGAUUCAGACAUUGUGGGACUGGUUAUACACUCGAUGAGGCGACACAGAGAUGUUUGGAUCAUGAUGAAUGUUUAUUAGGAACACAUAAUUGUGGUCGAGGUUAUGAUUGUGUUAACGUACAGGGAUCAUUUAAAUGUGAAGUUAAACAGUGUGCAGAAGGAUCACGAUUUAAUACUGCUACAGGAGAAUGUGAUAGAGUUCAGUGUGCUCGCGGUUUACGUCCAGAUAGAAUUGGUAACUGUAUAGAUAUCAAUGAAUGUAAUGAAUAUACAACAGUUUGUAAUAAAUAUCAACAAUGUAUUAAUACUAUCGGAUCCUAUCAGUGUCGUUCACUUAUUAAUUGUGGUAAUGGUUAUGAAACAAAUGAAAAUGGAAGAUGUACAGAUAUAGAUGAAUGUUCUACUGGUGUACAUAGAUGUGCCGGUGAACAACAAUGCAUUAACAGACAGGGAAGUUAUUUCUGUCAAUGUCCUAGGGGUUAUAGAUUUAUAAAUAAUCUCUGUGAAGAUGUUGAUGAGUGUGCUUAUAGUGCUGCUAUAUGUCCACUACAAUCAAAAUGUCAGAAUACACCCGGUAGUUAUGUUUGUACAUGUAAAGAUGGUCUAGAAUCAGAUGGUAGAGGUGGUUGUAAUGAUGUUGAUGAAUGUACAACAAGAAAUAUUUGUCACCAUAAAUGUAUCAAUAACUUUGGCAGUUAUUUCUGCACAUGUAACCGUGGUUACCAACUCUCAGUAGAUCAAAGAACUUGUGAAGAUAUUGAUGAAUGUAAUCAGUUUGCUGGUAGAGGUCGUGUAUGUGGUGGAAGAUGUGUAAAUACGCCUGGGUCCUUUACUUGCGAUUGUCCGGAUGGCUGGAAGAAAGCUAGAGAUGGUAGAGCUUGUGAAGAUAUAGAUGAGUGUAGUGAUGGUACAGCAUAUUGUCCAUCUAGAGAUAGUACUUGUGUUAAUACACGUGGUGGUUAUAAAUGUCCAUUAGUUCAAUGUCCAGAAGGUUUUGUUAAAACAAUUCCUGGUGGCCAACAAAACUCAGUUCGAUGUAAACAAGUUGGAAUGUACAAAGCUAACUCAAAAGGCUUGAUAUCACUCUCUUACAACUUCUUAACUUUUCCUACAAACAUCAUCAUUCCCACACCGCUCUUCUCCAUGACCGGAGCUAAAGACAGUCAGCGUGAUUACCGAUGGGAACUUAAGAUUGUAUCAGCCAGGCCCCUUGCACCUGGCAUACCUAGAGCGACGGAGAGCAACUUUGAACUAACACAAACCAACAACCAGGCAGUCGUCACUCUAAAGAAGAGAAUACGGGGCCCACAAGAUGUCAUUCUUCAGCUCUUAAUGAAAAUAUCUUCCGAAAAAUUCAACGGAAUCGCAGAAUCUAAAAUCUAUCUUUAUGUGACAGAUGGACCAAGCACCUUUAGAUAAAACAUGGUAUCGAAAUUCACAUAAAAAAAUAAAUAGUUUAAUAUUUACAUUCCAUUGUCAAUAUGUUCAUAUUUUUACUGAUAUAUUUUGUUUUGUUGUUUUAUUUACGUGUUUGUCUACUUUGUCAUAAUGCCAAAGUAUAACUAUCUUGACAGUGUUGGCUGUCUUUGGGAUAAGAUAUAUCAAGUCAGAAUAAAUACAAUGGCAAAAAGAAAUCUUGUUAUCUGUCUUUACGGGCCUUAUUCUUUGACUCCAAAGUUAAUUCCUGGUACAAAUUUUAUAUUAAUAAAAUGUCAACUAAGUCAGCUAACGCAGUCAAGGUACUGGAUGUAAUAUGUCAACAUUGUGACAUAGCUUGUGGAUAAUUUUGAUGUAUAAAACAUGAAAUCAAUUAAUCAACCCUCUUUACAUGCUUUUUGAAAUGUUGGGCAAAAUAAUUUUGAAAGAUAUCUAAAUAUCUAUUUGUUGGCUGAAACCCUCAGACUGCUCUUACAUAUAGCUGAUAAAGGUCCUAUGUAAUGUCUAGUUUACCAUGCCUAUAAGCUGUUGUGGCAACAGUUAACCUAUUUAAGCAAGCAUGGUGAUCGUUUCCAAUGAUCCAUGAAAUCUGGAUAUGUUGCAAUAUUUUUAAUUCAUCACAUCUUUGUAAAUACUGAACGGAAUUCAGCCAUUUAUGAACUGGUAUUCCUUUUCAAGAUUCAAUUUAACAAUAGUGUAGUUUGCAAAGGCUUCAAAAUUCCUCAAAUCAUGUAUAGUUUUUCAGUUAAUAAUUUGUAUCUUUUAGAGUUAUAUAAGUGGAUAACUGGUAUACAGACUCUCUUCAUACUUAAACUGUGGACUUCAUCUUUAAUGUUCUUCAAAAUUUAAAUACUGUAUUGGUGCAAAUUCUAAAAAAAAACAAUCCCUUCGCUUCGUCAGUUCAAUUAAAAUUACAUUAAUGAAGAAAUAGAAUCAAAUAAGAGUUCAUUGCAUGACAAAAAUCUUUGUAACCUACACUGAUGACGCAAACAGAUCUUUUUUUAUCUAAAUUCCAUAAUCACACAAAAUACAGAACGACGCAAUAUCUUACACCCUUGCUUUUAGUUUUACUGUCCACGUUUGUUUCUUUAUAAAGAACAUUUUGUUGUGACAGGUUUGAUGAAUAUACUGCUAUCCAUAUUGAGAAAUAAAUAAAUAAAUAUAAAAUA